GGGCUCAGGAUGGACGGUUCGUACUGGGAGAAUCUGCUGCUGACCAUCAACCGGUUCCUGGGCGUGUAUCCAAGUGGGAGAGCGGGCGUGCUCCGCUGGCUUCACUCCCUUUGGAGCCUGUUCCUGCUUAUGUACAUCUGGACUGGCAGCAUUGUCAAGUGCUGGGAGUUCACAGUGGAGAUACCCACGAUUGAAAAACUGCUCUACCUGAUGGAAUUCCCUGGAAAUAUGGCCACCAUCGCCAUCCUGGUCUACUAUGCCGUAUUGAAUCGUCCACUUGCUCACGGAGUGGAUCUCCAGAUUGAGCGGAUUAUCACGGGACUCAAAGGCAAAGCUAAACGUCUGGUUUAUAGGAGACAUGGUCAAAGGACUCUUCAUCUAAUGACGACCACUAUAGUCUUCCAUGGUCUGUGUGUUCUGGUGGACGUGAUCAACGACGACUUCAAGUUCUGGACCACUUGGAGUAGCAACAGUGUCUACAAUCUCCCUGGACUAAUGAUGAGUCUGGGGGUGCUCCAGUACGCCCUGCCCGUCCAUUUCCUGUGGCUGGUGAUGGACCAGAUGAUUAUGUGUCUCAAGGAGCUGAAGUUACUGCAGAGACCACAGCAGAGUGCGACCAAGUUGGAUGCCCGCUACGAGUCCGCCUUUGCUGUCCUAGUAGAUGCGGGUGGAGGAUCUGCUCUGAUGAUUGAAGAGAUGAGAUCGGCCUGCAAUCUUAUCGAGCUGGUCCACAGCCAGUAUCUAUCGAAAUUUGGUCUCUACCUGGUGCUAAACCUGGUCAAUUCCUUGGUCAGCAUCUGUGUGGAGUUCUACUUGAUCUUCAACUUCUUUGAGACUCCUCUCUGGGAGGAGACCGUGCUCCUCGUAUAUCGCCUGCUCUGGUUGGCAAUGCAUGGCGGCCGUAUCUGGUUCAUUCUGUCGAUCAACGAGCAGAUCCUGGAGCAGAAAUGUAACCUUUGCCAGCUGCUCAACGAGUUGGAGGUGUGCAGCUCCCGCCUGGAGAGGACCCUUAAUCGCUUCUUGUUGCAGCUCCAGCGGAGUAUUGACCAGCCCCUGGAAGCCUGCGGAAUCGUUACCCUGGACACUCGUUCGUUGGGCGGGUUUAUCGGCGUCCUGAUGGCCAUUGUCAUUUUCCUUAUUCAAAUCGGACUGGGCAAUAAGUCGCUAAUGGGCGUUUCCCUCAACAGAUCAAAUUGGGUUUACGUUUGAGGAGGUGGGGCUAUCAUUUACCAUUUACCUUCUGGAGAUGGCCGGAUGGGUCGGAAACCCAUCGCUACACGGGUAUGAAGUUGGGAGGU